AUGGACUCCACCAGUAUACAGGCACCACCCAAACCAAAUCCACAUCAAGACAGCGGACGCCUUCCACACGAUUACCACGUCGACAUGGAGCAGACCAACGAGCCGCUGAUGCUCAAGGACGAGAAUUGGGACCUCUACUCGGUGUCAGGUGUCGCCGCUGUACAGAUGCUGGCACAAGCACUGCAGUCACUAGCCAACAUCACCGGAGAUGUCGCGUGCACCACCCCCGUAUACCAGAGACAAAUGUUCAAAGCCCCGGCAACAAUCCACGAAGGCUCGAAUCCGCCAUCGCCUGACUCGAUAACACCGCCUGCCCAUACGCCAGAGUUGGAAGGCUCACCAACACUCGCUCCGCACCAUUGCGUUCCCGUCCACCACAUCGGCGCGCCCGAGGCCAAACGUGACGAACUCAUCGCCCCGCCAGCCGACUACGAGCCAGACGUGGCCGAGGCCAACGCCCUGCAGCUUGCAGCUGUUUCGCGACGAUUCUUCCUCAAGGCUGCUCCGCCAUUCUCUAUCACCGAUUAUCUCCUUCGUAUACACAAAUUCAGCCCACACUCGCCUGGCGUGUACUUGGCUGCAGCAUCCUACAUACAUCGCCUUUGUGUUGUUGAGACCAUGGUACCAGCCACCCCUCGCACAGUACACCGCUUAGCACUGGCCGCCAUUCGAAUAGCCAGUAAAUCCCUUGAAGACAACAAAUGGACGCAAGAGCGAAUUGCCCGCUUGGGCGGUAUAAGCACAAAUGAGCUUAAGAAGCUAGAAAUCAGUUUCUGCUACCUGCUCAACUUUGACCUUUUCCUAAGGCCAGAGGACCUACAGCGUUCGAUGUGGUUGUUACAAAGUACCGCUCGUCAAGGUCUAUCCAUCAGGCGACGCCUGAGUGAAGGCUUCAUCAUGCGACUACCGUCUAGAUUGUUACCCGAAGCUGCUAUCGGAGCAUGA